CCGCCACAUAACCUUGCCGUUCUCAACGGGCACCGUUCCCUAAAUAAAAAGCAAGCACCGCCGAAAAAUCAGUCCUAGCUGGGGGUUCGAGCACCGGGGUCGGAAGGAAAACGAGGCGAGCUGUCGAUCGGGAUGGAGGCUAUGGUGCGGAAGGUGCAGCAGAGGGUGAGGAAAGCGCGGGAGGAGACGGAGCGGUGGGACGACCUCAACUCCCGCCUCCUCUCCCAGUUCUCCAACGCCACGACCAUCAUCACCCGCCUUCCGGUACUUGGAGAUGCUAAAAACUAUGGUGUCCUGCGGUGUGUGCCCAACAUCAGGGAGGAUCUCUUGGGGAAGCAGAUGGAGAGCCUGGAGCUCAUCUUUGUUUUGAUGAGGGAGACUCUGGAGGAGUUCAGUGGCAUUGCCAAAGGUUUGAGUAAGGUGCUGCGUGAUACUAAUCAGAUGGUGAGGGGUGGAUCGGCACUCACGGCAAAACAGUUGCAGUUACAAGUAGGAAUUUUGCCAACUAUCGCGGACUGCUUGGAUGGGCUACGAACGCUGUCUGAUAUGCACCAGGCUGAGUAUGCGCUAAAAUCAUCGAUCAUCUCUUUGUUGACAUGGACAAGCAGUUCAAGUGACAUCGCUGCAAUGCGUCAACUCUUGGUAGAGCAACCGAACAUACCAAAAGAUGAAGUGCAAUCUAUUUUUGACAUUAUAUUUGCUGAUGAAAUUUGUUAAGUUGGGUGUGUGUCCUACUGCCGGGAGCCUAUCACCCAGACAUGUCGAAGCCACUGUAUUUUGAUCUACUUUCUCAUCUAGACAAAGCAUGAAGGUGGCUGCAGUUUCAGGUUUAAUGAUCCCAAUUGCUGACAAAGCUCAAGCUGGAAUUAAUUUACAGAACCGUUUAGCUUGUAAACCUGCAAGAGGGGUCGACAUAUUGGGAAGUAGCAAUGUUCCGUCUGUAGGUGUAUGGUCAAAGUCUUUAUUUCUGGAAUUUGGUAUCAAACUAUUGAUCUGCUGCAACUUAAAGUGGUAUGGUGAAAGUGCCUUGUGGAAAUAGUUACUGGAAGUUUCCUAGCUUUGCUUA